AUGCAUAAAGUGACUGGCUUAGUUAGUCCUUUUAAACCUAUCUCUAGUUUGGGAAAAUUUGGAUUCAACACCUUCAACCUCUCAAGGGAUUUUCGAGAGUCCUUUGGCAUCACAAUGAUGACACCAGAAUCAUCAAAGGAGUUGGAAAAACAUGCAAUAUCAAGUCAUCAUGUGAGGGGGAGUAGUGAAUAUGUUAGACUUGCCAUAUCUGAUGAACCCAGGGCUGUCGAAAAUGAAAUGCUACAGCCUCUAGCAGAAUCAAGAAUUAAAUCUUUCAGGUGGUGGAUGAAAGCCUUUUUCUGGUGCUUUGUCAUUGUUGUACUUGGUUUUGUUAUAGUGAAAUGGGGAGUACCAUUUACUUUUGAAAAGAUAAUUUACCCAAUCAUGGAGUGGGAAGCGACCACUUUUGGCCGUCCAGUUCUUGCCCUUGUACUUGUUGCUUCUCUGGCUUUAUUCCCAGUAUUUUUUAUCCCUUCCGGACCUUCCAUGUGGUUGGCUGGGAUGAUCUUUGGUUAUGGCCUUGGCUUUGUGAUAAUAAUGGUUGGGACAACCAUUGGGAUGGUCCUCCCUUACUUAAUUGGACUAGUUUUCCGUGACCGCAUUCAUAAAUGGUUAAAGAAAUGGCCCAAGAAUGCUGCAUUGAUUAGGCUUGCUGGGGAAGGGAGUUGGUUCCAUCAAUUUCAAGUAGUUGCUCUGUUCAGAGUUUCACCUUUUCCGUACACCAUUUUCAACUAUGCUGUUGUUGUGACAAAUAUGAAGUUUUGGCCGUACUUAUGUGGAUCAAUAGCAGGAAUGGUGCCAGAAGCUUUCAUUUACAUCUACAGUGGUCGAUUACUAAAGACCUUGGCAGACGCACAGUACGGGAAACACCAAUUGACAACUGUGGAAAUCGUUUACAACAUAAUUUCUUUCAUUGUUGCUGUUGUUACCACCAUUGCCUUCACUGUUUAUGCAAAAAGGACCCUUAAUGAACUCAAGAUUGCAGAGGCCAAUGAGGAAGCUGCCUCUGUGUCAGGGAGUGGCAGUCUUCAGAUGGAGAAGGGUUCCCAUUGA